GACUGUGACGGACAGCGGCGGUGCAGAGAAGCGGAGGGUCGUUCUUCACCGUGAAGGAGAGGAAACAAACAAUUCAAGGAUCUGUUUCCUCGUUUUUUCUGCAAAACAGUCAGCUGUCUGAACGGAUUGACAGAUUGCAUGCAGCAUAUUGUGAAAGGAACAUCCUUCUCCAGACCAGACCCUCGGCUCCAGCCCGACCCUCCACAACAAUGAGCUCCUCGCCCCACGGCUCCCGCGCCUCCAUCGACAUCCUGGAGGAACUCCAGCUGAUCGCCGCACAGAACCUGGAAAAGCUGGACAUCAACAAAUACUAUGAGGUCGUCUGCGAGUUGGGGAAGGGCACCUACGGGAAAGUGGAUCUGGUGGUCCACAAAAUCAGAGGCACAAAAAUGGCUCUGAAGUUUCUGAGGAAGAAAACCACGAAGCUGAAGAGUUUCCUGAGGGAGUACAGCAUCUCCCUCUACCUGUCACCUUGCACCUUCAUCAUCAACAUGUACGGCAUCGCCUUCGAAACAGACGAGUACUACAUCUUCGCUCAGGAGUACGCUCUGGCAGGAGAUCUGUUUGACAUCAUCCCUCCACAGGUGGGGCUACCUGAGGCGGUGGCCAAGCGCUGCGUCCACCAGGUGGCCAUCGCCCUGGACUUCCUGCACUGUAAGAAGCUGGUCCACAGAGACAUCAAACCCGAGAACAUCCUCAUUUUUGACAAAGAGUGCCGGAAGGUCAAGCUGUCCGACUUCGGCAUGACGCGGCGCGCCGGCUCUCCGGUGAAGCGCGUGAGCGGCACGAUCCCGUACACGGCGCCCGAGUUGUGCGACACCACGCGGCACGAGGGCUUCUGCGUGGACUACAGCACGGACGUGUGGGCGUUUGGCGUGCUGCUCUUCUGCAUGCUGACAGGAAACUUCCCUUGGGAGAAGGCCAUGCCCAAUGACAACUUCUACGAGGAGUUCGUGCGCUGGCAGUGUCGCCGUACGGGCACGGUGCCCUCGCAGUGGCGCCGCUUCACCGUUGAGGCCCUUCGAAUGUUUCGAAGGCUCCUCUCCGUCGAGCAGGAGCGCCGCUGCUCCGUCAAAGAAGUCUUCAGCUACUUCAACCAGUGCUGGAUGUUGGACACGGAGAACGGGAACAGCAGCUUGGCGAGCAGCGCGCCCCCUCUGGACAUCAGCUCGUCUUCAUCUGAGGAGGACGUUUUAGUGGACAGGCUGAAGCAGCAGAGCUUGUCGCCAGCUUUUGCAGCAGCCAAGGGGAGCAUCAUGAUGGACACCCACUACUCCUCCAUGUCCACGAACAGCUCGCCAUCUUCCACCGGCAGCUACGAGAGGGCCAACAGAGAUAACAACGAAAGAGGACGCAUCUUGGUGGCAACGCCCAUUGAGAUCUGCGUAUAAGGGGAUGUUUGUGUUGGUGGUUGAGGCUGACUGCUCACACAUGUGAGGCUGAUGUGAGCUGAGGAGGAAGAUUUCUUCCAGAGGAUGGAAAAAUAGAGGAAAGUGUGGCGACUGGUGCUUAGCGUCAGGGUCAACAACCUGACAAACGUUGUAGCUUCACUGCGGAUUUACUCAUUUCUGAUGAAGACGAGCUCUGAGGAAAUGAGCAGUGGGACGAUCACAAGCCUGUUGUUUGUGGUUUAUUGGUCAGAUACUGAAAUGAACUCACUGGACAACCUGUAAAGAAAAAUAAAACUGAAGGAUAAUGGGGAAAAAAAUGAACAAAAACAGUCGUAAUCCACAAGCAAUAUGUUUGGAAUAGUCUACAAAGUGCAAAAAUAAUCUGUAAAGAAAAGAUUUGAUCGACUUUCAAGACGAUUUGUUGAUGGUACUAUUGUGUGUUUAUGUGGUAGAUAUGUUUCUGUAAAGUGUUUUUUUUGGAGUUAAAUUAUUUAUUUAUAUCAGAUUCAUAUAUUUAGGAUUUGUUUUACCAGAGGAACUUGAAUUACUAUAGAAGCAGGUGGCUUUCUUUAAAUGUUUGUCAUCACGUUGUCGUAAUCUCUCAUAAAAAUAAGUAAACAGACUGUUAUUUCUCAUCCAAAAUGUCCUUUUUCAUGUUUACCUGUGAUGCCUAAACCAAUUGUGAGGUAGCAACCACCAAUAUGAGCGGCUGAAAAAGCACCUCAUGUUCAGCUCUAGUGUUAAUUGGGUAUCUUCUUACUCUUCUAGCCAAUCCCCCCCCCAUGAGACUGCAGCACAGCAGGACCUUAACUAGAUAUGGCUGCAGCCAAUUUCCCUUUUACGGUAAAAAUCACAUAAUAAUUAUCUAUUUGGUGACAUGACACGUAUGAGAAAGAAAUAGUGAAGUAUCAUGAAUAACCUUAGUUUUUCAAUAUGCAUGGUUGUUAAAGAAAAUGGAAAUUGUACAUUUCAUUGAAAUGAUAAAUUUGUCUUUUUCUGAAAAAUGGGCAAGGUCAGGGAAUUAUCCUUAAAAUUGCAAAUCCUGAUUGAAGAAUAAAAUGAAAGUAUUUGGGGAAACCCUUAACUUUUUAUUCUUUUUUUGAUGUUGAUGGAGUUAAACCCUGAAAAUGUGAGAGAGAUUGACAAAUGUUUAUUUCGAGAACACUUCGGGGUAGAAAUGUUACGGA